ACGCGAGACACGUCUACACAUCGGCGCCCCUCUCUCUCUCUCUCUCUCUCUCUCUCUCUCUCUCUCUCUCUCUCGUUCUCUAAAAACCGCUGCAGCGGCGCAGCAUUCGAUCCAAUCAGCCGAGGGACACUUGGCACGUAGACACCACGUCGGAAUCGUCGUCUCUCGCGGCGUCUGAAGUUUUAUCAUCAUUUCUUCUUCCGCUCGAGGAAAACAAGGCAUAUUCCUGUAAAAAAUGGCACCAAAGCAGAGAAUGCGCAUCGCCAACGAGAAGGCCACCAAGUUCAUCACUCAGCGGGGCAACGUGCCCAAGUCCACGAAAGCUCAGGAGGAAUCGUCGCCUGUUGGACCCUGGCUCCUGGCGUUGUUUAUCUUCGUCGUGUGCGGCUCUGCUGUUUUCCAAAUUAUUCAGAGUAUCAGGAUGGCAUAAAACCACAACACCUGAUCUGCAGCUGAAUUUACACUACAUGAUUGCAAGCGUUUCAAUCAGACAGACAAUUCGUCCACAUUACCUUUCUUAAGAUCGACUGAUUUUUCUACAAAAAGCUGCGGAUCCAACUCAACACACACUUGACCACAAUUGACAGGGGAUAAGGAAAGAAAUAAGAGAUGAGCGUUCGUGGCCUUAAACCUAUGCUGCGAUAGUGAUUGCUCUGAAUUAGAGAUUUUUAUAUUUUUUCUUUUAUCAGCUCAAAUAAUUUAUUUAUAAAAAAACUAGCAUUUAUACAAGCCUUUUGAGAUAAAAUGAAAUUACUAGGAUUGUGACGACAAUCGCGGAUUCGAAUUUCGAUUUGUAGAUGUUCGUGUCUUCGUUGUUGUCUGCUUAGAGAAAAAAAUUUUCUAGGACAGUUCAGGAGCGUCAGAUCGUGCGCUGGUUGUACUAAGUAUGCAUGUUUGAUAAUUACUUUAAUUGUAUAAUGCGUUAACAAAGACUUACUCAUGUUUCUGAAUUAUCUAUUACUCUCUUUCUGUUUUACUUUUUUUUUUUAAUUGUUCAAAGGAAUCUAUUUCUUCCAUUGAUAUUUGUAUAGAUUUUGAAUUGUAUAUAAGUAUCUACAAGAUAUGUCAUGAUUUAUUAUUCCAAGCAUUCCAUUAUGCAACGGCCAAAAUAUGUAUUUUGUCAUUGAUUACUCUGGUAAUUUUAAAUAUUUGCAUGGAUUAUGUAUAAAUAAACUACAUCGUCAAUAAAUUUCUAGUUUAAAUUAUUUCUACGAAAAAUCAAAUUAAUUCUUUCAUAUAAAAUAUCUGAUUAUACAAUAAAUUGGUUUUAUUACGAUUAAAAUCUGUCAUUAUUUUUGUACCAAUAAGUGUUGCAAGAGUUAUUUGCUUAGUGCUGUUUUCGCAAGUAAUUUAGACAAUCAUCGAAAUAUUCUGAGAUGUUCACUAAUUAGCAAGUGUUUUUCUCAAUUCAUAAUAACAAUUUAUAAGGAAAUGUGUGAAUUUUAUCAGGAUGCAGGUGUUUCAAAAUAAAAUAAACACAAACAUAUUUUGUGACAUUUACUUUAUUCGAGUGCUGCUAUAACUGUUUAACGCUCAUCAUAACAGUUUAUAUAAGUAAUAAAAAUAUGCCUCACUUUUUUAACGUUUGCGCGUUAUAGUGUAGAUCGGUCUCUUACUUUACGCAGAUCUCAAAAUAAUAAUUAAAAAAAGGGAAACAAAAAAUUGCAAGUGUUGCAUUACACGACAGAAAAGAAAAUUGCACCAUCGUCUUCAUCCUCUAUUACAUUUUCUUUGACAUUUUUCCUCCCUUUGGCGAAUAAAGUAUUUUUCUUUUUCCAAAAUUUUCUCAGAUAAAAUCAACCAUCACAACAAGAAAGAAAACGAAUCGAAACACAUGUAUAUAUAAUGUAAGGCACAUGAUUCAAAAUCGCGCGCAAUUCACUUGUGUUUGUGUCGAACUGUCGACUGGCGCAAAGAUUCGAAAGAAAAAAAAACAGUCCGCGAAAAUGAGAUUCCGCGUUCGAAUAAUGAAUUAUACAGUUACGCACAUCACAUCACAUUCCUAAUUAAGUCGACACAAAAUAAUGAUUCGUAAAUUAUAGAAUUUAUAUAUUUCUAUUUAUUGUCAGAGCGACGGUUUAACUUCGUUUUCCCUACAGUUUGGAAGAGAAGAACGAUCGAAUUCAUUAUUAUUGCUUCCAUUCAAAAAAAUUGAAGGUGUCUAUUCUUGUAAAUUCGUUUGCACGAUUUUACAUA